AUGCAGGAUGCUGUGACAUCAAAACCAGUAAUCCAGUUUCAAGGAAGCCAAGGGCAUAUCACAAUUCCAAGGCCUGAUCGACCCACGGAAGUGCGGACUUUCACAUUUUAUCUUUCAAAUAUUGGCAAAGACAGCCCCCAAGGGAGCUUUGACUGUAUCCAGCAGUAUGUAUCUAGCAACGGCAAUAUCCAUUUGGAUUGCCUUGGAAGCAUACAGGAUAAAAUCACCGUGUGUGCUACUGAUGAUUCCUACCAGAAGGCAAGGCAAAGCAUGGCACAGGCAGAGGAGGAGACUCGCAGCCGCAGCGCUAUAGUCAUUAAACCUGGGGGGAGAUACGUAGGCAAAAAGGUUCAGGUGCGUAAACCUGCACCAGGAGCUUCCGAUGCUGUUCCCUCCAGGAAGCGCCCAACGCCAGUCAACCUUGCCAGUGCAAUAAAGAGAGGCAAUAGUGCGAUUUCUCAGAGACCCUUCAAAGAUAGGGUUGUGCACUUACUGGCACUAAAGCCUUAUAAGAAACCUGAACUUAUUCUCAGAUUGCAGAAGGAUGGACUUUCUCAGCAGGACAAGGAUUUGCUGGACAACCUUCUGCAGCAGGUGGCAAAUUUGAGUGCCAAGGACAGCACUUUCACACUGAAAGAUUGUGUAUACAAAGAAGUGCAGAAGGACUGGCCUGGCUACUCUGAAGGAGAUCAGCAGUUGUUGAAGAGGAUACUUGUUCGGAAACUCUGUCAGCCCCAGAACAGUAGCGGUUUUCAAGGAGAAGCGCCUUCCCUGAGUCCACCAAAAGACAAUGUGAACUCCAGCUCUCCUCCUCAGAAACGAUCCCAGCCUCUGGAGUUUAUUGAUCCCCUGGCCAACAAAAAGCCCAGGAUCUCUCAUUUGGCUCACAGAACUCAGCCCACUUUCAACGGGAAACUGAAUUCCUCCAAUUCCUCCAACGGGAAGGACGCUCCUGCCCCUGCCCUGCCGCCGGCUCUGCCGGAGUCGGUGAGCUCCAGCUCCAGCCUCCCGGUGCUGGAGCUGCCGAGGCCUCACGAUCCCCUUUCGGAUGUCAGCAACGACCUGACUCACAAUGGCAGAGACUGUGAGAACCCGGAGACGGCUGACAGACUGACUCAUCCUUUGUCAACAGACUGUCCCCAAACGAGCAAGCACAAUUGCAGCUCGUACGUAAAAACCAAGAAAAAAUCCAAAAAGCACAAAGACAAGGAAAAGGAGAGAAAGGAGAAGAAAAGUGAAGAGAAAUGCAAAGAGGAGAAGCAGGACUGUGAAGUAAUAAAAAAUGCUGACUUAGUUAGUGUUCCCCAGGAACAGGUCACAGGUUUAAAUGGAACAUGCAAUAAUUCUAGUGUACCAACAUCAACUUCAGAAAUGCCAGAUUAUUUAUUAAAAUACGCAGCCAUUUCCUCUUCGGAGCAGCGUCAGAGUUACAAAAAUGACUUCAAUGCAGAAUACAACGAGUACAGAGACUUGCACGCCCGGAUAGAGAGGAUAACUCGACGAUUUACGCAGUUAGAUGCCAAGCUGAAGCAGCUUUUGCAGGGCUCUGAAGAAUAUAAGACCAUCCAUGAUCAAAUUUUACAGGAAUAUCGGAAAAUUAAAAAGACUAACCCCAAUUACAGCCAAGAGAAGAACCGCUGCGAAUACCUCCACAACAAACUGGCUCAUAUUAAAAAACUGAUAGCAGAGUAUGACCAACAGCAGUUUUAGCUGGCACUAAUCUGGACUGGCCUGUGUGAUUUGACUUCUUCCCGCUUCCGUUUAUCUCAAAGUAAAGGAUUACUUUCCUGUGGCGUCUCCUUCCCUUGGAGGUUGCACUGAAGAGUCUUUCACCCUUUGAAGGAGCGGAAUGGCAGAGUUAAGGAGGGAAACAGUUCUUAUACAAGGAGUAUUUUUUUUUUUGUGCCCCCCAAAAAAAAGUGGGUCCAUCUGCUGUAUUAAUAAAAAAGAAGAAAACAAAAAUAUUAAUAAUAAUUCCAUUCUGGCUAGAUUGGUUUUGCUGCAUCAUCUGGCCAGGGCCACCGCUUUGCUUUGUCACUUGCAAUGUUCUGAGUUUCUCUCCCCGCCGCGUUGCACCCAGCGCUCACCAGGACUUUGCCAUCCCCUUCUUCAAACAAAAACCUGCGGCUGAAGGUUUUCACCCUCCGGCCACGGACUGCCCCUGGACAGCCACGCUCGUCUGCAAAACCCAACCCUGUCUGGAAGCGGAGCAGUGGAGGAGCACAGGGGGGAAGAGAUGUGAUGGGCGAGCACCCGGAGAGCCCCAGCGAGCGUCCCAAGGCUCGGGGAACACUUUGCUCCCACCUCUCCUUCUCCAGAUGAAGACAACCGGAGGUGAGGGCAGCAUUUCUCUUGUUGGUGUCACGUUGGCGACCUCCGGUGCUUCUGCUCGUCGGGGAAAGCUGGAAAAUACACGAGAGUUAAAGGCGUGAGGAGCUUUUGUCCAGAAAACUUUGUCCUCCUGCUCGGUGGGGUCUGGCACCUGGUCUGUGCGUGAGUUCAAGCAGUAAGCGGGGGCUGAGGGCGAUGCCCAAGCUCAAGGCUUAGGCCCUGAUUCCACCCAACCUCCCUUGGCUGUGAAUUUGUGCACCGAGGUGGAUUUCACCGGGGAGGGAGCCUUGGGCUGUGUGGAGGAGCCAGGACACCACGCGCCCUCGGACCCGCUCUCAGCUUUGUCACUGCAAAGUUACCCACGGAACCUCCCAGCGCCGAGCCGAGGGGCUUGGGGGGCUUCACCCCCCACCACGGUGCCCCAGGAGCCCGAGACUCGGGUGGCAGAAGAGGCAGCAGCUACAAACCCAGGAUGAGUAAAUUCUUCCAUGGAAACACUUCUCCUUCUGAUCCUUAAUAUUUUGAAUGGGGUUUUUUUUGUUGCUUUGGGGGGGCAGGGGGAUAGAGAUGGAUCUCAAUCUUUAUACAUCUGCUAUAAGAUAUUUUUGCAAACAGAGUUGUAUACAAAGAUGUAUUGUGUACAUUUACAUGUAUAUUCUGGAACUUCUAAAAUUUGAAUAUAAAAACUGAAAAUAUUUAAUGAAUAUCCAAACUGUGAGACCCAAUUAGCAUUCAACAACUUUCUGCUUCACUUUUCUUUUGGACUGUGUUAAAGAAUUGUAGUCGAAUCUGCCUUUUUUUUUUUUUUUUUUCUUUUUAGAGAUUAUGAAGCUAGGCAAAUUUUGUGCUUUUUGGGUUAAUAGAAACCAGUUUUAGGUGAUUAAGUAUGAUCUUAACUUAUUGAUACUGUGUUUUACUUUGUAAUAUUGUACUGUGGAUAAAACUAUAUUGAGCCAUGGAGUUGGAGUUUACAAAAGAGCUUUUCACUUUGCCAAAAUGUUACAAUUUAAAGGCAGCAUAGUCUUCAGCUUUCCUAAUCUUUUCUUAAGAGCUAGUGUCUUUUUUGUACACUAAAAAGCUGAAUGCUGAUUUUGCAACAUAUAAUAAAUUCACUGUAUUGGAAAACAAGC